AUGAUCGAGAAGGGCUUGGACGCGGAUGCCAAUUUGCUGGAUGUGAUAUUGAAAGGUCUGUGUAGCCAUGAAAAGGUUGAAGAGGCUUACUCUUUGUUUGUUGAGAUGGUGGAUAAGGCUGAGUUGAGGCCUUGGCAAGGCACUUGCCGGCGUCUAAUUGGUGACUUGCUGAGGGUAAACAAACUUGACGAGGCACUGGCCCUUCUGAAGACAAUGAAAACCUGCAAGUUCCCACCUUUCGCGGACCCAUUCCCUCCUUACAUUGCCAAGCAUGGGACGGUUGAAGAUGCAAGGAACUUUUUCAAGGCCUUGACAGUGAAUACUUCUCCAGCACCUGCUGCCUACCUGCAUGUUCUCAAGUUGUUCUUUGCGGAGGGAAGAUAUUCUGAAGCUCAAGAUUUACUGUACAAAUGCCCUAACCACAUCCGCAAGCACCCCCAUGUCACCAAACUGUUUGAAUCAAUAAAAGUUGAGUGCCUCUGCCUCUUGAUUGGGUUCAAGCAAGCAAUGAUUGGUGAGAUUAUGGUGAACCCUUAG